AUGAGUCUUGACAAUUUUAGGAAACAAUUAAUGUCAAAUUCGGAUUACGAAGUCCGAGUUGAAGUUAAUCAAAGAUGUAAAGUUCAAGAUAUUUCUACUUUAGAUUAUUAUGAUUUUUUUGUUCUUGAAUUGAAAAAACUGUUGAUUAGAUAUUCAUCCGAAUUUGUGGUAUUCCGAGAAUUAAUGCAGAAUUCAGAUGACGCAAAAUCUUCUGCCGUCGAAAUUGUUUUUGAGAAUAUAGUUGGCGAAACUUAUUCGAGAAUGCUUUUUAAGAAUAAUGGAUUAACCUUCGGGCCACAAGAUUGGAAUCGAUUAAAGAAAAUUGCAGAGGGAAAUCCUGAUGAACAAAAGAUCGGUGCAUUCGGUGUCGGAUUUUACUCAUUGUUUUCGAUCUGUGAAGAACCAUUUGUAUCUUCUGGUGAACUUGGCAUGGCCUUUUAUUGGAAAGGUGAUCAGUUAUUUGUCAGACACGGUCCCACUGGCAAAAACGACACUGAGUGGACAAUAUUCUUAAUGGACAUGAGAGAAACCACAAAGGGAUUCACCGCUAAUCUUUGCGAAAUUUCAGUGUAUUUAAAUGAACAUCGCGUGAUUCAUAUUUUAAAAAACAUUAAUAAUCCUCGAUCAAUUGCAAUCAGAUCUAAUAUAAAUAGCGAGUCUCCAAAAAAAAUGUUUAAACUUGAAUCGGUUAAUGUACAUGAUGUUACAUUUAAUACUUCUAGGAUUAUUAUCCCUCCUGGAACUAUGUCAUACACAAAUUGCUUAGAAGAAAAGGCGUCCGUUCGCUUCCAAAUAGCCAGUGGAAAUCUAAAUGUUCAGGUUCAAGAUGAAUUUUCCCUUGAGAUGGAAAGAUUAACAAAGAAAAAACCCCCUCGUCAAACUGCUGUGCAAAUUAUUCUUCCUGGUUAUUAUGAUAAGUCUUCAAAUACUGACGAAUCUCUCGAUAUUUUCAAAGACUUGCUGCCAUUCCCCGAUCAAGGAAAAGUCUUUAUUGGCUUUCGAACACAUCAAACAACUGGUUAUUCGGUGCAUUUAGCAGCUCGUGUCAUACCAACAGUCGAACGUGAAUCGAUUGACUUGGUCCAAAAAACGCUUUUAGAGUAUAAUACGGAAAUGUUAUGUAUGGCCGGAAUAUUAUGCCGCUUGCUGUAUGAAGAUGAAAUGAAUCAUAUAUCACAACAAUACCAACAUACAUUCAAUAAUGAUCAAGCGGACCUUGAAGCACGUUCAGCGCAUGCUCUCAAACAUUUUACAUUCGAACAAAGCACGCCAGACGCCAAAGUAGGAAAUAUAAUCGAAACACAAUUUUACCAAAGUUGUUCGUCACAACUAUCUAUAUUAUCCACUCACGGUGUCAAAGCCAUUAAUAUGGUACGAUUACCUGAUCCAGAAAUGAUCGCAUUUAUCAAAACUGUUCCGUUUGUUCCAAAAAUCAUGGUAGAUCGAUGCAAAUCAUUUUUUAGUAGGGCAAAUACUAUCCGGAAACUUAUUGAAAAGGCUUCAAUAAAUGAUGUAUUCGAGGAAUUAAAAAAUAGAGCAUUGGAUCAAGAUGAAAUGAUAGCUUUGAUGAAAUGGUGGAUAGCAUUGUGUAAAAGACAAAAUGUUUCAGAAUUGCAACAUGACAAUUUCAUGCAACUGGCAGUUGUACGUGUUGAAAAUGAAAUCAUACCUCUAAAAAAUAUUCAAUAUUUCUUGAACCCACGCAUUGUUGAACCAGAUUUGGAUAUUCCACCCAAUGUCCUACCAUAUCCUAUUAGUUCAAGAUUCAAUAACAAUCUCCAUGAUUUAAGACAAUCAUUCAAAAAUUGGGCUGAACUUUCAUUAGCUAUAUGGGCGCAAUACAUUAUUGGAAAAUACGAAUUGAAAAGUGACCCAUCUUUUGCCGAAAAAUUUAUAUCAACCAUUUCAAGAGGUUUUAAGUUGAUGAGCAAUAAUGAUAAGACUUUGAUAUGUCAACUGCUUUCUCAAGUUGAAUGUAUCCCAACUCAAUUUGGGUUAAAAAAGCCCGUUGAUACAUACUUCCCAGACGUGAAGUUGUUUCCGGACUUGCCCAAUAUUAGCAUAAAAAUUAACGAAAAUUUUUCUACAAUGAUGGGAAUACAUAAGCACGUGAAAUUGGAAAUUAUUUUCACUCGAUUAGUCAAUAAAGAUAAUUUGGAUCAUAUGAAGCUUUUGAAAUAUUUUACUUCAAUAGAGAAUACACUUAAAUACGAUUCUAUAGAGAUAUUAAAAACAACAGAGAUUUGGAUAAAGGAGGAUGUUGAUAAGAAUAAUUCUGGUACAAAUGUUCAAAGAUAUUUAGCAAGACACUUGUAUGCACCGUAUUUUCAGAAUAGAGAACUUGAAUUACCUGUAAUUCAAUGGAAAGGAAGUUGGAACAAACAUUCAAAUGAAGCUAAAUUCAUAACUAAGCUUGGACUUCAAGAAUAUCCCUCUCUUCAGACUAUUCUGCAACUUGCAACAACGUUUACACCUUUUAAUCUUCGUGAGAAAGCAUUAAAUUAUUUUAUCAAAAAUCUCAAAGAAAAAUAUUCCGAUGAAUACGAUCCAAAUUCGGUUCAAGUGAGAUUUUUACCAUGCAUUGACUCCAAUGUAUACGUGAAACCAUCAGAAUGUUACUGGAGUCCUGAUUGUGUAAAGAUGGGAUUCAAUGCUUUACGUCAAAAUCUAAGUUUUCGAGCUAAAGAGUUGGGUGUUAAACAACAUCCUGAUAGAAGGCUAUUGGUGAAUAAGUUAAUACACAAUCCACCAAGGAACUAUGAAGAUGCAAAAAGGAUUUUUAGUUACUUGGCAACACGUAGAGGAGAUUUUGAUCAUUUAGACUGUAAGGAGCUUAAAGAUAUCAGCUUUAUACCUAUCGAAGAUAAAGUUCAACCACAUAAAUUCAGUCUUUACACACCAAAAGAUUGUUUUUUCAAAAACGCAAGUGAAGAUUAUGUUGAUUUAUUUCCAUGUGUCGAUUUUGGUGAAGAUGCAAAUCAAUUUUUAGAAAACUGUGGUGUAAAAAAAGAACCAUCUGCAUUGGAUUUAGCAGAAUAUCUCAUCAAUUCAUCAAAAAAAUUUUGGUCAAAUCCGAAUUAUAGGGAUUCAUAUAAAACUGUUCUCGGAACAAUUGCAUAUAAUUAUGAAUCAAUUAAUAAAAAGAAACCAGGAAUACUUGAUAGAAUGAAACAAUCACCAAUAUUAUUAGGUACAAAGAAACAGGGUGAAUAUGAAUUAGCUUGUGCUAAAAAUAUCCUUAUAAAUGAUAAUGAUCGAUAUCGAAACAUGUUUGAUCCGUUGAUCUGCCCGUUUACUGAUCAAAUGGCAAAUUUUUAUAAGGUAUUGGGAAGUCUAUCCCUUGAUGCUAACGUCAGGUCAACACCUCAACAUAGUGGUAUUGCAGGGACCUCGAAAAUUUCUUGCAGUGUAUAUCAGAGAAUCAAGGAACGUGUGCCUUGGUAUUACGCCAGUAUCACAAAUGGUAAUUUUAAGAAUGAUGUGAGUUGGGUAGAAAAAUUGAGAGUCAUGGAAGUAGACAAAAUAGACAUGAAAUAUGUACUUCUUAUUAAAUAUAAAACUAAAAGUGAAGUAGUUCACGCAUGUGUUUCAGAAAAUCCAUUAAUUCUUUAUAUUACUCGUGGUCGUUCGGAUUACGCAGAUAUUGCACCAGCCUUGGCACGACAUAUUCAUGUACAACCAGACAGAAAAUAUGGUACAAUUUUGUACCUUUAUUUAACAUCUUCAGUAGAAGAUCUGCAACGACUUGGUUACCCUACAGAAAAUAUAACCAGACCGUCCUUCGGUAGAAUACGUAAUCUUUCGUCAUCGGCAAGAGGGGGAUGGGCAGAUUCUAUAUCGGUUGAAACAGAUGAAAAUGAAAAUUCAAUUUUACAAACCAUAUUACGCGAUACGAUUAAGUCUAUUAAGUCAAAUACUCGAAAUUUUUAUUUUAAUCAACUAGCCAUGGUAAAUUUUCAGAUAGAAAGCCAUUGUGAUAUUAUACCAGAAAUUUCUUUGACUUAUGCUCAUAAUGUGAAUGGAAUUCAACUUUACGUCGGAAAGCAUUUGAAUCCAUCUAUUCUUCGGACCACUAAUAUGGACAAACCUCUGAAAAAUUUCAUUGACAUUCUCGUCAACCUUGGCCAAGUUUUUGGACUUUUACGCGAUCAAAUAAAUAUAUUUUAUGAUGAUGAUUCAACAUCUGUCGCAUUUAAUCGUAACAGAGCCUUAUUUUUCAGUUUGAGAUAUUACAUUGAUUUUAACGAUUCUGAAGAUUUUGUAAUUUCAAGUGAUGUCUUAACUUCCUGGUUCAUGGUGAUUUGUCAUGAAUUAGCGCAUAGUAUUAUUAAGGAACACGGAAAUGAACAUGAGUAUUAUAUGCAAGCAUUUAUAAAAUCAUUUAUGCCAAAUUUAAUGAACAAAAUUAACGAAUUCAAGUUUGAAACAGAAUCAAUUGGAUUACUUCGAAAGCGUUUGCUUAAAGCUGAUAAGAAUGACCAAUAA